UGUCACUUGUAUUCAUUGCUAAGAAAAUAUUAUGAAAUGAAUUUGAUUUUUAGUAUAGCAGAAAAAAUGGAUGAAGAUAAGGAAGAUGGAAAAAGAAAAACCUACCGAAAAUUUAUACGACCGAAUUAUAAACCAAGUAUGGUUUCUGCUCAAACUGAUGCGAUUUGGAGGCAACGUGCCAUAGCUUUAGAAAGAUCAACGCAAUCUACUUCAAAUAGAAUAGUUGUACAACGUGAGUCCAGUGAUGAUCUACAUGAAUCGGACCUGCAAUCAGCUUCUUCAACAAGCUCCAAUGAAAUGUCUAUAGGUGAAAAUUCGACUAAUGACGUACCUAGAGACGAAGAAAUGCGGAUGGAAACGAACCAAGAUUUUGAUCAAGAAUUGAACGAGGAUUCAGCCCCAGGAUCUAACGCACCAAGUGAGGGCUCAGGUAGCGAAGAUUCUGAUAUUGAAUUUCUCGACAACGAAGUGAACGGUAAUGAAAAUCCAAAUUACACAUAUCCCUGGGAAAACAGAAUUAUGUUCCCACAAUCUAACUUAACAGUCAGAGAUGUGGUAGCAAUGACCAGAGGAUUCAGUCUACGAUUUGGACUCUCAUUAGAAGCGCGUUUAGAGUUAACAAAUUUACUAAAGUUGUGUGCAGGUCCUGAGUUUGACAGUCUGAAUUUGUCAAAUUAUAAAAUGACUCGCAUGUUUGAAGCUCCUGAAAAAACAUUAACAUUUUCUUUUUACUGUCCAGCUUGUAAAAAAGUAUUAAUUUCCCAACAGAACAAAAAAUCACAAGUAAACCCCGAAGGACUGUGCGACAAAUGUGGGUCGCGAUGUAAUUUGUCUACCAAAAAAGGGAAAUACAUGUUAAUGGUGGAUUUAAAAUAUCAAAUAGAGCAAUUGUUUAAACUUCGUGAUGUACAAACUUUUUUAAUUGACAGAUAUAGGCAAAACCCUGAAAAUGAUGGUAGCAUUAGAGAUGUUCAAGACGGAAGCUUAUAUAAAUCGAAUAAUCCCACAAAUUCUAAAAACGUUCUGACGCUUAAUGUAUUCUUUGAUGGAGCAAUCAUGAAACGAAGUGGUAAUGAAAGCUUUUGGGCUAUUUUGGCAUCUAUAAACGAAUUGCCAAUCUCGUUACGUUUUAAAUACAUUAUGCUAGGAGGAAUUAUGAUGGUUGAUAAAGAACCUGACCCGGAUUUAAUGAAUUCUUUUUCAGAAGAAUUUUUAAAUGUGAUUGAUAUUUUGCGUACGCAAGGUGUUGAUUUGUUGGUAGGAAAUCUUCGUAUAAAUUUCCUUAUAAAUCUUUUGUUUAUAGUAGUUGACUCAGUUGCUAGGCCCAUAUUACAGUGUCGAUGUCAAUAUAACUCAUACUGGGGAUGCAGUUACUGUUACCAAAUGGGCUUUUACAUUCAUAUAAUUAAAUAUCCCUUUGACCCUGAUUUUCUUCUUAGAUCGCAAGAGUCUCAUAAGCAGGAUAUUGAUGAUGUUAAAGAACGCCAACAAAAUAUGACACACAGAAUGAACGAAAGGAAUAAACGCCGUACUUUUGUCCGUGGAGUUAAAGGUUCUUCUAGUUUCAUGAAUUCCAAUCAACGCGUUGAUAUGGUUUGGAGCUUUUCAUUUGAGUAUUUACAUGCCGUUCUUUUAGGAUCAGUUAAGCAUCUAUGGGAAAUAUGGACUGCAAAUGGUUUCUUGUUUAAAGGCGAUGUAGAAAACAUUAACAAAUUAAUUAGUUGCAUUGAAAUGGUUUCGGAAAUUCAUCGAGUUGCGCGAGAAUUCAAUUUUAAGUCAAAGUGGAAAGCAUCUGAGUGGAGAUCAUGGUUAUUGUUCUUUGGGGUGCCCUGUUUAAGAAAGUAUCUACCUUCCGAAUGCCUUCAGCACUUCUCAUUGCUAGUCAAUACCAUUUUUACAUUAUUGAAAACGAAAAUUACCGAAGAAGAGUUACUUCAAUGCGAACUCGAUAUAAUAGAAUUCGUCGGAGAGUUUGAGAAUCUAUAUGGUCAAGAAAAUAUGACCUUUAAUGUACAUCUUUUGCUCCACAUAGUUGAAUGUAUUCGACGUUGCGGCCCACUGUGGGCAACUUCGGCUUUUUGCUUUGAAAGUCAUUUGCACGUGCUCAAGCAGUAUGCACUAGGCCCUAAAAAACCAGAGCAACAAAUGGCUACAAAAUCUUUAGACAUUCUUCAAUAUAAAUUUGAAGUAUCAAGAACUAUUUUUCAUUCCGAAAUUGCCAGAUUGUAUUGCCAAAGAAUAUUUUCUUCUGCUUUGUUAUCAACUUAUGUUUCAGAAAGUACCUAUGGUGUAACUUUCUGUGGAAAUAGUUCACCCGUUCAAAUUACAAAUCCUGUCACUAAUGAAAUUAUUGCAGGAGAAUCUUUUAAAAAAUGUAUUUACAAAGGUUGCGUGUAUAAAAGCGUAAAGAAUACACUCUCGGAAAAAAGGAAUGAUACUGUUUUCAAAUUAAAAUCAGGUGGUGUUAUUCAAGUUCAAGAUAUUGUGAGAACUGAUAACUCCUGCUUUUUGUCAGUAAUCAACCUAAAUAUUGUUGGCGACGAAUUAGUGCGACAUUUGUUUAGAGUAGUAGAAAGAGGUAAUGUAGAAAUAUUAAUCUCCAUAACUGAUGUCAUCGAAAAGUUGAUAUUCAUCGAAUGUGAUGAAACUAGUUAUGUCUGCCAAUUACCUCAGACUAUCGAAAUACAGUAGAGUAUACCAACAAACGAGUAAAAUGCAUAACUGUACAUCGAAAUUUUAAUUGAUUUUUUUUUAAUCUGAUGUCCAAUA